UAUAUAUAUAUGUAUAUAUAUAUAGAUGUUUCUGCAUUACUGUUUUUUUCAAUAUGUCUAUCUUGCUCUUCUCUAUCCCUAUUUUUUUUACCAUAUUGUUUAAGGACUAGAGAGAGAGAUAAGAUUCUUUCGAUAACAGUAUUGUUCAUUGACCAUUUAUAGCGUCAUCUGUGGUUUGUAAUUCUAGUACAUCCUACUUAAUUAUAGGGAGAAAAAAACAAACUAAGCAUCGUUUAUACAAUAUUUGAGUGUAUAUUUUUAAUAAAGUAGGCAUAUAUCUAUAUGUAUUACAGAAUUUCUAUCAAACUGUAAACUAUUAUCAGAAUGUUCAUCUCUUGUACUCUUUUUGUCUAAAACCAGAUAAUUUUGUUGAUUAGAAGCUGAAAUUUUUGAUAUUGAUUGUAUAUACUUAAAUGCUAGAUUCUUAAAUUACACUGUAUAAAUUUCUAACGUUAAGCCUAUAAUAUUGCUAUAGUUUCUUUCUUUGGGAGAGGAAAUCGUAUUUAAUAACUAAUUCGUAGUAGUAAUUAGCUUAAGCGAUAAACAUAUGAACGAAAUGUUACUGAAUAAUAUAUAAACCCUAACGCUGAUACUAAGUUAUCUAAUAUAUGUUUUCUUUUGAAGACAAGUUAAAUUUAUUUAAGAAUAGAGUAGUACUAAAUUGCUUCAGUUUAUACGGGUCAACCAAUCUACCUAACACGUGACUAUUGAGGUUUCAUACAAAUGAAUGGGGCGUAUAAAGAAAGGUUUUCCUCUUUAUAUGUUAAUAUUAGUUUAUUAUUCUACGGUACUUUUUUGCUAUACACUGAUUUAUAUAUAUAUUAGUAUAUACAGUAUAUAUAUACAUACAUACAUUUAUACUUAUAUAUAGCGCUUUUCCUUAAGCCCCCAGAUAUGCAGUAUACAUUAGCAUAGUAUAUCACAUCUUAUUUAAGUAGAGACCUCUUUUACCUAUAAUAUUAGCGUCAUGACUUCCACUAACGAAGGAUUGGAAAAUAAAACUGGAGUAGUUGUUCUAUUAAUACUAUGCGUUAUUGCAAGUAUUGUCAGCCUGUUUAUUAUUGUUUUAGUCAUCUUUGAUAGAAGAUUUCAUGGUACAACCGAAAUUUUAAUGGGUAACUUAGCGAUUGCAGAUUUAUUAUUAUCUGCAAUUGGUGUCCCAACUAAAUUAGCUCAAGCUCUGUCUAGCUCAGAUGAUUUUGUCGGAAGUUUGUAAACAAUUAAAUUGUAUUUUUUAGUUGUAUUUUUAAUUCCUUUUUCUAUCAUAGCCGAUGCCGUUUGUAAGAUAAUGAUGUUUACUCCUAUGCUUAGUAUUUCGUCGUCCAUUUUUACAAUGACUGCAAUGAGUUUUGAGAGAGUUUUGGCAAUAAUAAAGAAUGUUCACCUGAGAGAAAUACAUCAUAAAGUCAUUAUAAUCAGUAUUGUAUGGGCUCUGUCAGUUAUAAGCGCUGGACCUCAGAUCUACGAAUAUAGUACAUAUUUAAAAUUUGAAGAAGAAGAGAAUAAAACUGAAAUAUCUUGCGGUUCUCACGGAAUAGAGGAAAAUUUUGAAACUAUCUACGCCAGCAUACUUGUAUUUGUUGGUUACGUUUUACCUUUGGUUAUUAUAUCAUGUAAUUAUGGUUUAAUUAUUAGAUUUCUUUGGAAUUUUUCAAAGUCAGAAGGAAGAGAUGGUCCAGGAUCUGAAGUUAAAGGAGCAGUAUUUAAAGCUAGAGUGAGGGUAGCAAAAAUGAUCUUUACGGCUACCGCACUUUUUGCAAUACUUUGGUUGCCAUUCUUUGUAUUUUUCACUAUGGAAGAAGUUACUGGAACUGAUGAUAGUUCGGAAAUUGGUUCAACCCUUCAAACGCUUAAACAAGCUUUAAUUGUAAUAUCGACUUUUUCAAAUCCGAUUGUUUAUGCCUGUUAUCAAAAAAAAUUUCGAAGUGGAAUAAUAUCUUUACUAAGCGGGAAAACAUUUAGAGGUCAAAGAGUGGAAGAUACUUCAACAAUGAGUACUGCAGUUUCAUAGAAUCCAGGAAUCCAGUAGUUGUCCAGACAAAAUUUUCUGUAGCUUGUCACUCACAAAUCGUAUCUUCCAUAGUUUUGAAAAUAUACCAGUUGUCUUUAUUACGUAAUAAAUAUACUAAAUUAAUAUUCCUGUUGUAACCAUCCGCCGAAUGUCUAAACUAUGUUUAUUUUUUAAAUAUUGUUGUUUUGAACCUAUAACUACAAAACUCAAUGUAUCACUAUUAUUCGUUUAGAAGUAAUAUACUGUAUGAAUAAAUUAGAAACUAUUUGCGAAC